CUCUUCGAUAUCAUAGCACUCUCAGACUCCCCUCAGUGUGUCAGGACGUCGCCGUUGAAAGGGGCCAUGCCAUUCAAGGUGGUCCUGAACGGGCCAGCCCCCUGGGGCUUCCGUCUGGUGGGCGGCAAGGACUUCAACCAGCCACUGACCAUCUCCAGGAUCACACCCGGCAGCAAGGCGUCCGUAGCCAACCUUUGCGCCGGCGACCUGAUCGUGGCCAUCGACGGCGCAUCCGCCGCUGACAUGCUGCACUGCGAUGCGCAGAACAAAAUCAAAGAGGCCGCCCAUCAGCUCACGCUGACCGUGGAAAGAAGAGAAGCUAAACUGUGGUCGCCCCGGGUGACAGAGGGCGGCAGCCCCUUUAAGAUCAACCUGCAAUCCGAGCCGCAGGAGUACAAGGCCAUCGGCGUGGCGCACAACCGGCGAGCUCAGCCGUUUGUGGCGGCAGCCAAUAUCGACGACACGCAUCAGGUGGUCAGCACCACUUACAACACGCCCAUCGGGCUCUACUCUUCCGGAAACAUCCAGGACGCCAUGGAGGGGCAGAUGAAAGGAUUCGUGCACCCCAAGCCCGACAGCCCGAGGACGUUAGCUAACAUCGAAGAUUCGGACGUCUAUCGCAUGUUGCAGAAGGAUCACGAAGAACCGGGACAACCUCGACAGUCGGGAUCCUUCAAGGCGCUGCAGGAAUAUGUCGAGAGCGACGGCACCAAGCCCAUCGUGACCAGGACAGUCAAGGCACCCACCACCAAACCCAGCGCGCCUGCUGGAAACCUGCAGAAACUUCCCAUCUGCGACAAGUGCGGAAACGGCAUUGUCGGUACGGUGGUAAAGGCUCGCGACAAGUUCCGCCACACGACCUGCUUUGUGUGCGCUGACUGCGACCUCAACCUGAAGCAGAAAGGUUAUUUCUUUGUGGAGGGCCAGCUGUACUGCGAGGCCCACGCCCGGGCCAGGAGCAGGCCGCCACCUGAGAGUCACGACUUGUAGUUCAGCAUCAGGCCCCGGAAUGGAACUUAACACCCCGUCCCCGCCUCCCUGUGGCACAGUACCUGGCUGCCGCCUUCCCGUGCGCCUAAAACACAUCACUCCCUGUUUACGACCUAUUUCCUGUUUGUGACUCAUCAUCCAGCCAAUAAAGAUGCCUCAUCCUGCCCUGAA